AUGUCUGGGUCUGAUCCUAGUCCUGGGCGCACGUUCAUAUGGAUCAUAACUGGUCUUUUGUUCAUCUCUAUAGUAGCAGGAGGUGCAUGCCUUGUGGCAUACAUGCUCCUUCCUGAAUCAGAAACAUCAUCCUCUUGGAUACCAGAAAUAGGGGUGGCAUUGGUUUGCCUACCAUGGCUCUUUUGGUUGCUCACCUUCUUUUACAGAGUUUUGUCAAGAACUUUUGGAUGUAGAGUUACAAUGGGCGGAGUUGGAAGUGCAGAUGUGGAGGUCGCAUCUCGGGCAAAAGGAGCUGGCAACUUAAACAGGGAUUCAUCCGUUGCCUCACACGAGAGUGAAAUGGCACUUGCAAAAUCUAUGGCCUCGUGA